AUGGCGUCUCCCACCAGCCCAUCCACACCUCCCUCACCUCCAUCCACCCACCAACUCCCCCAACGCCGCCGCCGAACAGUCGCCUUCUUCGAACCCCUCCCCUCCACCCCUCGUUCCCCCCGACAACCCCAAGCCCAGAUCUCCAACUUCGCCCACCGCCGCACCAGCAGCAGCACCACCAUCAACCCACAACACAGACGUUUUGCUCCCACCGCUGGGCAUCAGCUCUUCCGCACCCUCAAACCGCUCGUCUGGACUCUCACCGCUGUUCUGCUGAUCUUGCUCCCCACCCUCGCGGGGUUCGCUGUGAUGAAAAUAGUGCUGCGGGGAGCGUGUUCGAUCUUCCCUGCCGCGACGCCGGGGUGUGGUGGAUACAUUCACUCAGGAUUGGCGAGGCAUACAUCUCCGACGACGGCGAAGUCGACGGUGCUAAGUGGGAGUUUUGCGGCGUUGGAGCCGUUGACGGAAAUGAGUCCCACGUUGGAGUUUGUGGGGUAUGCGAUGUUUCUCGCUUCGUUCAAUUUGACUGCUACGCUGGAUAUUCUUGGGCCGUUGGCUGGUUCGAACGCGACGGAGGGUGGACCUUUGGGAGAGAGGAGAUUGAAGGGGUUGGCGAUGGCGGCGAAUAAAGCGAGUUUUGGCGUGGAUGCUUGGACGGGGAGUGAUUAUGUUUUUCGGCAUGAGGGGUUUGUGAGAGGGGGGAUGGAGGGGGUUGAGGGAAGGGGGGUGGGAUGGUUGAGUGGGAGGUUGGGAGAGGUGGUGGAAGGGAGGAGGGAUGGGUGGAAAGAGAAGGUGUUGGGGAGGGUUGUGCCGUAUGGAGGACGGUGGGGUGUGGAGAGUAGGAUUUUGGGGGUGUAUGGGGAGUUUUUGGAGGUGCAGGUGAAGGCGGUGGAGGAGAUGGUUGUGUUGACGAAAGGAGCGAGGUUGGCGGUUGGGAAGUGGAGGGAAGAGGUGAGGGGGUUGGAGAGGGGGUUGGAGAGGUAUGAUGAGAGGAGUUAUGAUGGGUGGUUUGUUAGGCCGAGGGAGGGUUGUGCGUUUGAUGCGAGGGAGGAGGGGAGGAGGGUGAGGGGAGUUGGUGAAGCGGUGAGGUGGAUGGCGGAUGUAUUGGCACGGGCGGAGGAGUUGUAUGUGGGGUUGUUGAGGGAGGUCGUGAGGGCGAGGGAAGAGAUUGAGAUGGGGAAGUCGAGGGUAAGAAGUCUCUUUGGAGGGUCAGCAGUAGGAGAGGAGGCAUUGAAGGAGCUGCUGAACCGAGAAAGGAAGCAGAUGGACGAGGUCAUGAAGAGCGACCGGGCAGGCAUGGCGAUUGUAGAGGAGAUUGGCAAUGAAUUGAUGGAAGCCGAAGACGAUGGGUUGGCGGUGAAGAGGAAGAUGGAAGCUGCGAUCGCAGAGAGGAGGAUAGAAUGGUGGUAG